UUAUCUGAUUCUAGUGAAAGUAAUAGUGAUAAUAAUGUUAAUAGUUAUAAUAGUUAUAAAUAUUUAUUUAAUUUACAUGUUAAUAAUAGUUUUGAUAUAUUUGAAGAAGCUGGGAAAAAACUUGAUAGUUAUUUCUUACAACAAAAAAAAAUAGACCCUAGUUGCAUGAUUAAACCUGUAAUUGGAGACAUGGAUAGUGAACUUAAAGAAAUUUUUUGGCAGUUAGAUGAACAAAUACAGUUAUUAACAAGAUUUG